AUGGCCGACAAGCUUGACAAGUCUCUUGACGACAUCCUCAGCUCCAGGCGUGCUGGCCGUCGUGGCUCCCAGCGUCGUCGCGACUCUAGGUCCUCGAGGCCUGCGCACGCUGCUCCCGUAGGUGGGGUCAGAAAAUCCACAAGGCAUGCGAAAUCAUCCUCCAAGUCUAUCCCCACCGGGCCAGCUCUAGGUCUGGGUGAGAGCAAGAUUAUCGUGAGCGGCUUGCCCUCCGAUGUCAAUGAAGCGAAUAUCAAGGAAUAUUUCCACAAAUCUGCUGGACCUGUGAAGAAGGUCAUGCUCACCUACAACCAGAACGGCACUAGUCGCGGCAUUGCCGCCAUUACCUUCGUUCGCCCCGACACCGCAGCAAAAGCAGCAAAGGAGCUGAAUGGACUUCUUAUCGACAAACGACCAAUCAAGAUUGAGGUCGUUCUUGAUGCUUCUCGUGCUCCCACUGUCCCUGCUGUGAAGCCGCUUACAGAGCGUGUCGCUCAACCAAAACCCCAGCCCAAACCUGUCUCAGCGACGAAGGGCAGCGCGGCUUCGAAGCGUGGACGUCCUCGUCGUGGACGGAAUGCUGGACGCCCAAAGCCCAAGACUGUUGCGGAACUCGAUGCUGAGAUGGAAGAUUAUUUCCCUGCCAACAAUGCAGCCCCCGCUGCGAUUAAUGGAACCGCACAGCCAGCCGCGGCCGGUGGCGAAGAUUUGGGAAUGGAUGAGAUUUCUGUAUGUUGA